AUGGGGCGUUCAACUUUUCUGUUGGUGUUAUUAGCUUUUGGGUUUUUCUUCGCAACAUAUAAUUUGUUAACUCUGUUAAUGCACCAAAAGUAUAGUCAUAGUGGUUCAGACGAAUUGUAUGAUCCUGUUACUGGGAUGCCUGAUGAGGUGAAGAAGUGGGAGGGCGGCCCGAAAUUCCAUGUUGCUUUGACGGCUACUGAUGCGCCUUAUAGCAAAUGGCAAUGUCGGAUUAUGUACUAUUGGUAUAAAAAGAUGAAAGAUGUGUACGGAUCAGACAUGGGAGGAUUUACUCGGGUGUUGCAUUCUGGAAAACCGGAUAAUUUGAUGAAGGAAAUUCCUACUGUUGUUGUCGAUCCUCUUCCUGAGGGGCUUGAUCGGGGUUACAUUGUUUUAAAUAGACCCUGGGCAUUUGUGCAAUGGCUGGAGAAAGCAACUAUUCAGGAAGAAUACAUUCUAAUGGCAGAACCUGACCACAUAUUCGUAAAUCCUUUGCCAAAUUUGGCUCAUGGAGAACAUCCAGCUGCAUUCCCUUUUUUCUAUAUAAAACCGGCUGAGAACGAUAAAAUCAUAAGAAAAUUCUAUUCUGAAGAAAAAGGUCCUGUGUCCAAUGUUGAUCCAAUUGGCAAUUCUCCAGUAAUCAUCAAGAAGGCAAUUCUGGAGAAAAUUGCGCCUACAUGGAUGAAUGUGUCCUUGCGGAUGAAAGAUGACCCAGAGACUGAUAAAGCUUUUGGUUGGGUUUUAGAAAUGUAUGCAUAUGCAGUUGCAUCUGCUUUGCAUGGCGUGCGGCACAUUCUUCGCAAAGACUUCAUGUUACAGCCCCCUUGGGAUACAGAAAUUGGCAAGAAGUUCAUCAUCCAUUAUACCUAUGGAUGUGAUUACAGCAUGAAGGGAGAGUUAACUUAUGGGAAAAUUGGAGAAUGGAGAUUUGACAAGAGAUCUUAUCUUCGUGGUCCUCCGCCAAGAAAUCUCCCGCUGCCCCCUCCAGGCAUUCCUGAAAGUGUGGUAAGACUUGUGAAGGCGGUGAAUGAGGCUACUGCGAACAUUCCUGGAUGGGACACAGAAUAA